GACGCGUGAUUGCUUUUAAAGCCUCCCCCACCUUCCCUUCACUUCCUACCAUCUCUCCCUCUCUCUCUCUCUCUCUCUCUCUGGCUUACAGAAACCAAAACUCAAAACCUUCCCAAAAAGACGAAUUCAAAGUCUUUCGCUCAUUCACAACGAAAAUCUUCCCCUCUUAACCCUCAUCGUCCACUCCAAAGUCCAAAGUUUAUACGAAGGAUAUUAUAAGCUUUCUCGCCUCAACAGCCUGCGGUUUGAUUAGUUUCCAUGGCGUCUUCGAUCUCCGAGUUAAAUUUUGAGGAAUCGAAUCGGAAAAAGAGGAGGAAAACCGGGGACGAACCGCGAGAUCCGAAUACAGGACCCGAAACCAGGUGGAGAUCCGAGACGGAGCAGAGGAUCUACUCCACCAAGCUUUUCGAGGCACUCAGGCAGGUGCGCCGGAAUUCCUCGCCGCCUGGUAAGGUCUCCGGUGGACACCAGGUCCGGGAGGCGGCGGACCGGGUUCUCGCCGUGUCGGCCAAGGGGCGGACCCGGUGGAGCCGGGCGAUUCUGACGAGUCGACUCGGGAUGAGACUCGGUGGUGGCAACAAGCACAAGAAGGCGAAGGUGGGGAAGGUGACCGGCUCUAGCCGGUUAAAGAGACCAGCGAACAAGAGGCAUUUACCGGCUGUGCAGAUGAAAGCGAGGGUUUUAAGCCGGUUGGUUCCCGGUUGCCGGAAGGUCUCGUUCCCGAACCUUCUGGAAGAAGCCAGCGAUUACAUUGUGGCUCUGGAGAUGCAGGUACGAGCCAUGACCGCGCUCACCGAGCUUCUCACCGGCGCACCGGUCGAUCGGCUCGGCUCGAGCCCUGGCUCGUCGUUAUAAUGGCCUUGGCUUUACCGUGCCAGGUGUUUUUUCUUUUUUCUUUUUUCUUUUUUUUUUUUAACUUUUAAAUAUUGUUUUAUGGAUUUUAUAAAUUCAUGUAUUUUAUUGUGUACAUGACUUUUUCUUCU